GGAGGAGGAGUCAAAAUUGGAAAGCAAAGACAAGCCUGACAAGAAGUUUACAGACGGUUCUCUGUUUGAAAAACUGAUUCACCUCAGCCAGCCUGAGUUGCAUUACUUCCUUUGUCACAGAGGUCUGUUUCAGUUAUUAGCGAAGUAGGGGCACUUCCUGGUAUUUGCAAUAUUCAAAAACUUUCAGAGGAUUUGCGGAACUGCAACCACACAGGGGUUGUUGGCUGAAUGCUCAAAGGGAAGACGGUGCAAGACCAGAGCCGUAUCUCAAGGAAAUCUGGUUUGUCCCUGAAUUACGAUGUCUCUCGCAGAAACAAUCCGUCUCUGGAAUGAGGGAGUGUCCGCAGCAGAUUGCAAAGACUGGACAGCUGCUUUGGAGGCUUUUUCUUCCAUCCAGAAUCCUUCUUCCAAAAUUUGCUUUAACAUUGGCUGCAUUCACCUGAUAAUGGGAAAUUUGGCUGAGGCACAGCAGGCCUUCACCAGGAGCACUAGCUGUGACAAGCACUUAGCUGUGGCCUACUUCCAGCGAGGGACUGUGGCCUACAGGAUGGAAAAUUAUCAGUCAGCCAUCGAUGAGUUUAAAGAGGCUUUGGCUCAGCUGCGUGGAAACAGCCUAAUAGAUUACAAGAUCCUGGGCCUUCGUUUUAAGCUGCUUGCUUGUGAGGUGUUAUACAAUAUAGCUCUUGCUCGUGCUAAGCUAGAAGACUGGAAGAAAGCUGAAGAGCACUUAACAAUGGCAAUGAAAAUGAAGACAGAGCCACGGCACAACAAAAUAGACAGGGCCAUGGAAUCCAUCCUGAAGCAAAGACUUUUUGAGCUCAUCACAAUUCCUGAGGGGAAGCUGUUUCGACCCAAUGAAAAGCAGGUAGCACAGUUGGAGAAGAAAGAUUACCUGGGAAAAGCCACGGUUGUGGCAUCCGUGGUUGACAAAGAUGAGUUUUCAGGCUUUGCUCCCCUUCAGCCGCAGGCAGCAGAACCACCUCCCAGACCCAAAACACCAGAAAUACUCAGGGCCCUUCGGGGAACACCUCACAGAGUCAUGUAUGAAUUUACACCAGAAACAUCAGAAGAGCUUCAAGUCCUUCCUGGAAACAUUGUUUUUGUCUUGAAGAAAGAGAAAGACAACUGGGCCACAGUUGUGUUUAAUGGGAAGAAAGGGAUCGUACCUUGCAACUACCUGGAGCCAGUGGAACUACAGAACCAGCCUUCAGUUCAGGAAGAGAACCAGGCAGACCUGGACAUUCCAGCUCCACCUAGCACUGCUGCUCCAGCACGGCCUGAUAAGCCUUCCUCAGGCCAAAGAAGAAGAGCACCUGAGAUCAUUAGCUUGGCUGUCCCAAUGGCCUACAUCAUCAAAGUCCAUUAUAAGUACACCAUAGCCUUGCAAGCCAAUCCUGAUCUCCUGUACAGCAGCCUCCUGGAGCAGGUUUGCAAGAAGCUGGAGCUUUCACCACAAAACACAAGACUCAGCUAUCAGCCGAGAGACAACAAGGAUCUGGUGAUUCUUAGUGAGGAUGGCAUGAAGACUGUGUGGCGCCAUGCCCAGAACUACCGCUUGACGCUAUGGUGCAGCAUCUAUCAGGUAGACAAAGAUACGCCAAGCAUGGAAGAUGGAAAGGAAUUUCAGCAGAAAAUACCAACACAGAUGGAAGAAAACCAGGUUGUAGCACGAUACAGUUAUGAAGCCAACCAGCCAGAGGACCUGGCAUUCCAGAAGGGAGACAUAAUAUUUGUCCUUUCUAAAGUGAAUGACGACUGGUUGGAAGGCCAAUGCAAUGGGAAAGUGGGCAUCUUCCCCAAAGCCUUCAUUGAAGAGCGCAGCAGCCAACAUCUUGAAACAAUUUCUGAAGCAUAACACAAGCAAAAGACAACUCUGAGAGGGAGCCAGCUGAGUUCUUCUGCUCUUCGCAAUGCUCCCUGCACGGAAGGCGCUAAGGCUGCCUGAGCUAAAACCUCUAGGGAGAUAUAUUACUUAAAUGGACAUCAACUGAAACCUACCUACCUUGGGGUUCUUAACCCAUACUCUGGCUGUAAUUGUCGUACACAACUGGGAUUCAGAAUUUAGAAUUUCCAUCUCUGGAACAGCUUGAAAAUAGGCCAUGCUACAGUGCUAGGAGAGCUGCCAGGGCAUAAAAUGCCUUUAUGGUGAGACAAACCUGGUCUUUGGCAGCUUGUUCCACUUCCUUUGCUAUCACUAAGAAGAUUCUAGGUGUGCCACACAGCAGGUGAAGGAGGAAGGAUGGCAGGUCAUGGAGCAGGAGGAGCAGCCACUGCGGUGGGACAUUUUAAGAGUAUGCAUGCAUGCGUGUUACUGAAAUAGAAUGACUGAAACACACUGGUCUCUUUCCAGACUACAUCCUCCAGUGGGUUAUUAGUAAUCAGCCAACCAGUGCAUUUGCUUUGCAGUGUUUCGCCAGCACUAGUUACUGACUUGAAAUGCCAAUAAAGCCUUUGAACAGCAA